CCCAUCUUCCAUGUCUUCUCAUUAUGCACCAAACUAGCCUUCCUCCAGUCCCACAGGCGGGUGGGCUAGUCCCACUUCAGACCAGAGGGCAGCCGUCGAGGGAAGGACUUUUUUUUUCUUUUUUCUUUUUUUUGCUUCGCUCCACUCACUCUCCAUGUGCAUCUCCAACUUCUAUAUUUCUAUACACGCCUCCUAUUCCUCCUCCCUCUCUUUUUGUACGUGCGUAAUUAAUUGGAAGCGUUUGGAAACUUGUGAACUCCGAAGGAAUCUCACUUUAUUUCUGACACCUGUUGCUGAGAGCUCAGCGAACACAGACGCAUACAAACAGGAGGGCGCGCCGCUCUUUUUUUUUGGACUUUUAUUCCUUCUUGACAAAUUGAGCACUGACAGGUCAACGGAUCGCCGGUGAGGGGGGGGAGUCUGUGGAGGGGGUCAGCUGCUGCCUGAUACCUCCGUGCGUUCCCAUAAAUCCUCCAAUUCUGUCACCGAGACAAUGACUUUAGUGUGACAUCGAAGGAGUGAAAGGACAGAAGGAAGGAAGCGCGUUAAACGAGUCCAAAAAGUGACACUUGAAGGAAUCUGUCUCGUAAAGUGAGCGCUGUGCUGCAGGAGCAGCCUGAAGGGCUUUCUCUCUCCAUAAAAAAAAGAAAAGAAAGAAAAACUGUCUCUAGUUUCCCAGCCGGACGGAGGUUACCACUUUUAGGUGUUGAGCGACUCAGAUUGUGCAGAAAGUUUCUUGGGAGAGUUGAGCGACCGCUUUGUUGAAGCGCAGCAGACCAGAAGAAGCGAAGACGAGCGAAUGAAGAAGGAAUAGUGAAAACACUCAAAGUGAUCACAUACAAAGUUGGGUGCUGACUAUAGCAGAGUUUAGGACAGAGGUGUUUUUUUUCUCUUGUCCUUCUCCUCUUGCCUCAGUCUGUGCCAGCCCUGAACUCACAGCAGAGCACUUUUUCCAGCACUAACUGUGCGGCGGCGACGCGGCGGACAGUCAUGGACAACAGGGCUGUUCCGAGAAGAAGAACCGGUGCCGUACGACAUCUGCUGCUGGCGGCAGCCUUCUUCGCCUGCAGUUCCCAGCUUCUAGUGGUGGACGCAAACUCAUGGUGGUCUCUAGGUCUGACCCCAAUGCAGCGGCCUGAAAUGUACAUUAUCGGAGCUCAGCCUCUCUGCAGUCAGCUGUCUGGUCUUUCGCAGGGCCAGAGGAAGCUGUGCCAGUUGUAUCAGGAUCACAUGACUUACAUCGGCGACGGAGCAAAGACGGGCAUCAAGGAAUGCCAGUAUCAGUUCAGACAGAGGAGGUGGAACUGCAGCACUGUGGACAACACGUCUGUGUUUGGACGGGUCAUGCAGAUUGGCUCCAGGGAAACAGCGUUUACAUAUGCCAUCAGUGCAGCCGGCGUGGUCAACGCCAUCAGCCGGGCGUGCCGCGAGGGCGAGCUCUCCACCUGUGGUUGCAGCCGUGCCGCUCGGCCCCGCGACCUUCCACGCGACUGGCUGUGGGGCGGCUGUGGCGACAACGUGCAUUACGGCUACAGAUUUGCCCGGGAGUUCGUCGACGCCAGGGAGAGGGAGAAGAAUUACCCACGCGGGUCGCGUGAACACGCCCGAACCUUGAUGAACCUGCACAACAACGAAGCCGGGAGACAAGCAGUCUACAAGCUUGCUAACGUGGCCUGUAAGUGUCAUGGAGUCUCAGGUUCCUGCAGCCUGAAAACCUGCUGGCUCCAGCUGGCUGAUUUCAGACAAGUCGGAGAGUUCCUCAAAGAGAAAUACGACAGUGCUGCAGCCAUGCGGAUUGGACGCAAGGGAAAGCUGGAGCUCGUAGAAAAGCGCUUCAACACCCCAACCCCUGAGGACAUGGUGUACAUCGACCCCAGCCCGGACUACUGCCUCCGCAAUGAGACCACAGGCUCUCUGGGCACGCAGGGUCGCCUCUGCAACAAAACCUCGGAGGGCAUGGACGGCUGCGAGCUGAUGUGCUGCGGCCGAGGAUACGACCAGUUUAAGACCUACAAGCACGAGCGCUGCCACUGCAAGUUCCACUGGUGCUGCUACGUCAAGUGCAAACGUUGCACGUCACUCGUGGACCAGUUUGUGUGUAAAUAGCACGCUGGUGCAGGGUGGGCAGAUGGAGGUGGACGGCAGCAUCAGAGAGGGAGGAAGUGAUGUCGGAGGAUGAAGGUGAUAAUUCAGGGUUUUGUUCAGGAUGCGACAUACAAGCACAAUUUUCCUACAGAUAUUCUUUCUUUUUCACAUGAAGAAAAAAAAGCUACGCAACACUUGUGUUAGUGUGAAAAGUGAUGGUGGAUGCAUAGAGAAGUUAGACAAAAAGAUUGUGACUAACAUCCUGAUCACAACCCUGAAGGAAAAAGAAAUCUGGAAAAAGAAGAACAUCAAGGAAAAAUGGACUUAGAGGGGGCAGGUGAACCAACUGGAUCCUUUAAACAGGGACACAUGACUUGUGUGAGAUGAGGAAACUAAAUAAAUAUAAUUAAAUGAUAAAUAAACAUACAACUCUGAUUCUUAUUUAAAGACAAUUGAACUCAUUGCAGUCCUUUGGAGCAAUUUGACUCCUCUGUUGAGAUAGCAUGCAUGCAGAAGCUGUGCUAACAUUCCUAAAUGAAAAAAUGAUGGACUUAAAGUGUAUGAAUAGGAAUAGGAAAGAGAAGAAUCAGGGUGAUAAUGGAAAAUGUAAACAAAUCGAUGGUUAUUUCACAACAAUCCUGAGGAGAUGGCUGCCAGGAACAUCAGCUGGAAUUGUCUGUUUAAAACUACAAUAACUCAAAUAAUAAGAAAAAUGGGAUACAACACACACUCCUGCACCUGUGACCUGACAAGUGUACCUGUGUGUGGGUUAAUGAGGCCUGCUGGUUGCUGCUUUACACCGCGGCUGUUUAGACUAGCAGCUCGCGCUCGCAGUGCUGCUCCGCAACCUUCAGCUGACAGCGAGGUGAACAAAACCUCCAUUAGCGAGAUUAAUGUGCUGUAUCUGCCUUAAUGAAGUCGCAAGAAGAGACACGAUCAGUGUGAGUGGACCUCUCCAUCUCUCACUGUUACUCAACUUGUUAAGUCAGGAAAGAGCCCUGUUGUGUCGACUUGGCAGUUUUUCCACCACUUUAACAUGUUGAUAUUCUGCCGUGACGGGAUUUCUAAUUCGCGUUGGCUGUAGAGCAAAUUGUUAGAUGUUAUUCCUGACAAACAUGAAGAGGACAAAGUGUUCGGAAGAGGACUGAUCAUUCUGUGGAGACAUGAACGCGUGAAGAAACAGAAAAGGACUGCAAUAUAUUAUGUGCUCCUUUAGAUAUAAAAAGAAAGUAUAUUUUAUUACUGAGUUUAAUUCUCUGUUUUCUAUGUUUUAUACAUGCAUACUAUUGUGUAUUCUUUUGAUAAACUAGUCUUUGAAAAUGA